CAGUGGGUGUCCUCCACACCCACCUCCAAGCCUAUCACCUCUUUACAAUAAGAAGCUUGACAGCAGCUCAUGCAAACUAUCAGCUCCACCUGGCCAGUACUGUGAAAAGAAUGAAGAUAAAGCAAUAUGCCUUUAAAUAUAAAUGUUUUUUUAUUGUGCUUUUAACUCUGGGAGUUUUAAAAAUUCUUUCUAAAACUGUGACCCCAAAACGCUUUUUUGUGGAACCUUAUUGGGGGAGCUCCGAUUCUUUCAAACUCAAUCAAUUAAAAGAGACCGUCAACUGCACUGCCAUCUAUGAUGCAGAUCCAGUGGAGAUCGGCAAGACUCUGGAGAUUAGAAGGAAAGUCAUUAUUGAUUUGGAGGAUGACGAUGUCAGGGACAUGGCGGCUGACUGCCAAAGAUAUAUUAAGUUGCGACAAUAUUCUGAGAAAUCGGUUUCAGAUGAAGAGCACCAGUUUCCGUUGGCCUACUCUUUGGUUGUGCACAAACAUGCAGGAAUGCUUGAAAGACUCCUGCAUACAAUCUACAUGCCUCAGAAUGUCUACUGCAUCCACUACGAUCAGAAAUCCUCACAAAGCUUUAAAGCAGCUGUCCAGAAUGUAGUCAAAUGUUUCCCAAAUGUCUUUAUUGCAUCCAGACUGGAAUCGGUGCAGUACGCUCAUAUUUCAAGGCUUCAGGCCGAUCUCAACUGUCUGUCAGACCUCCUCAGCUCCCCAGUCCAAUGGAAGUAUGUCAUCAAUCUGUGCGGCCAGGACUUUCCACUGAAGCCCAACUUCGAGCUCAUGUCGGAGCUAAAGAAACUGAAUGGGGCCAACAUGCUGGAGUCAAGCAGGCCUAGCAGCUCGAAAAAGCAGCGCUUCACUUACCGCUACGAGCUUCGCGAUGCACCUUACGAGUACCAGAAGCUGCCUUUUAAAACCAAGGAGAUCAAGGACCCUCCGCCCCACAGCAUCGAAAUGUUUUGUGGAAGUGCCUACUUUGUCUUGAGCCGCGAGUUUAUUCUACACAUUAAUGGGAGCCAGUUAGUGAAAGACUUUUUGGCUUGGUCUGCUGAUACGUAUUCUCCUGAUGAGCAUUUCUGGGCUACCCUUGUGCGAGUGCCUGGGGUACCAGGGGAGAUUCUCAGGUCCGAUCCUGAUUUCACAGACUUGAAGAGUAAGACACGACUUGUGAAGUGGAGCUACCUUGAGGGCACCCAUUACCCUCCCUGCACUGGAAGCCACAUUCGCAGCGUCUGUAUCUAUGGUGCAGCAGAACUGCACUGGCUCAUUAAUUUUGGCCAUUGGUUUGCGAACAAGUUUGAUCCUCAAGUAGACCCCGUUCUGCUCAAAUGUUUGGAAGAGAAAAUUGAAGAAAAACAAGUGCAUUGGGUAAACUUGACCAAGUGAUGUGCAUUUUCACAGCAAUGCAAACAUGUCAUUCAGAUUCCCAAAGAGCAAUUGUAUAUUUUUAUGAGCCUUGCUUUUUUUGUGACCUCUUCAAGAAGGGAAUUUGUGACACAGAGUUAUUUUUUUAAAGAAAUUAUUUUAUAUGCGUGAUCGUGUUACCUUUAUGCCUUUAAUUGUACUUUUACAGAACUGGUAAAAGCUAGAGUAACCUCUGAAGUAUCACUAUUUAGAUGAGAGUUUUAGAAACAAUGCAAAAGUCUUUGAAAUUUCUCUGGAACAAUUUAACUUCUGCAUCUUGCAUACAACAGAUGACAUUGUUCUGGCCAUCUCAGGUCAGUAAAUGACUCUGUAGCUGUGUUCAUUUUUAUUUUUUACUGUACCGGUUUCAUCAUUGUUAGAUUUCAAAACAAGUCUAAUACUUUCUGGCCUAUUGCUAAUCAGCUCCCUCUCUUUAUCAUGGAAGAAAGCCUCUUUUUACUACUAGAUUUGAUUAGUAAGGAAUCUAAUGGUAGCUCAUUGAAGUGAAUGCUCAGGGUUAUAAACCCAGUCCUGUGCUCAGUUCAGAGUUUCAAAAAUCCCCACCAUUUAAAUCUAUUAUUUAAAAUGAUUAGGAGUCAGGAGUUUGAGAAGUUAAAACCCUGUUAAAAAUGUGUCUCCCCUAUAGGUGCACGAACAACUCCCGAAGCUCCUGUAACUGGGAUAAGAGCAGUCUUUACUAUAGCAUACCUAAACAAUAUGAGCUGUGAAAGCCAGGCCUGGGAGCUGGACAUGUUUGAGUUUCUAUCGCUGAUGUAUAUGUGAGCCAGUGAAACUCUGCCUGUCAUUUAUAAUUCAUAGAGCCUGCAGUAAUCGCACUAAAAUAUGGAAAAGCCACAAACUGGGGAGAAAGAAAUCAAUUAUGAUUAAAAAAAUAAAAAGUACAUUCUGGGAAGAUUGGAAUAAAGUUUUUAUAACCUUUUGUUGUAAGUAUGUCUUUCUUUGCAUUAUUUUGCAUAUUAUAACUGGGCUUUGCAGUAAUGAAAAGCAGGUCUUCUCUGCUGUGAUUUGCUGGCAAUAACAAAUGCUCUUAUUCAGUGCCCAGGGGAACAGUGUAUACCGUAGCUAGGCAGUUUUAGGAGCUAAUGAUUCCCUGUAAAGGUCAGGCAGGUUUUCUCAGGCUCCCAGAUCUGCUGGAUUAGCAGACAGUAAAUCAAAACAAUAUUUAUGACAAUCACUGCACUUUGAAAAUGAUGCAUGUAUUUCCACUGACAAUGCAAAUAGAAGAAAUGAACUUCUCAGUGAUUUUAUUUAUAUACCUUUAAGAGCAGAGUUGCAGUUACAAACAACUGAUCUUUUGAAAUGAAUGUAAAAAUAUGUAUUUUUUAUUAGUAGUAUGUAUUUUCAGUGUAAUGUGAAGACAUUACAGCUGUACUACUUCAUAUCAGAUUCCUUAUGUGCCAAAGCUGCAUUGAAGGUCUGACAAUACAUAGUGUGAUGUAUAGCAAAUAUCAGUUAAUCAGGUUUCCAUUGAAGAAUCUUCAGUGCUCUCUAUAAUGAAGCACUUACAGUCCUGAAGGAAUUUACGCAGGGAGAAAGGUUUCUUGUGAAUGAAUACAAAGAAAGCAGAAUUCAAGUAACCUAAAAAAAAAACAAAAAAAACACUGUAUUGCACUUCAAUAAUGAACGAGGAAAGACAUCUUGGAGCACAUAAUGAUUGAAUAAUGAACCCAUAUACACUAGUGUGUGAGUACAAUAAACGAAGCAGAGCAGAUCUGUGUGUUCUGUGAGGAUCACGAAGCACUUAUCAGCAGAUCAAUGGUUAUGUGAGCCAGAGAGGAGCAGAUAGUGUUUUUUGCGAAGGUAGUGUGGAGAGAUCUGGAAAUAAUCUGUAUGACUUUAGACUGCAGUAUCAGAGCGCACAGUUUGGGGAGGGGAAAGGAGGGGAAAAUGAAGGAUAUACAAACUUUAAUAACAGCAGACUAUUGUCUCCAAGUCAGUCAGUGGCUGCCAACAGAACUACCAUAACAUGGAACUCUCAUAUAUUAAAAAAAAACACCCAACCACAUUCUCCUGGCUGAUUAUUACAAGUGGAAAGAGUUCUUACUGAGGGUGAAUAGAGGCAAACAGUUUAUAAUCGCUUGUCCUGAGUCACUUCCUAAUUGUUGUAACGUUAUUUUAAAACUGCCGAAUUGCAGUAAUAUUAGUUGGAAAUCUCCUGUUUUCCUUCAAAAUGCUGUUUUGCACAUAAACUCCCUGUAGUAUAUAAAUAAACUGUUGGCUGUGUUAUUCAGAGACCAAUGCAGUGCUCCAUCUGAGCCUCCAGCCAAGAUCUACAACUUACAACGUAGCACCCGAUCACAUGACUCACCCAGCACUAACACAGGAGUGCCUUUACUGAAGGACACACUGGAGGCUCUGAUGAUAAGAUAAGCAGUAAAGAAUUUUACAUUAUGAAAUGCCACCUUGGUCGAAUUCUCACGAAAAAAACCCAACAUUUGAAUAUAUUGUUAUUCAACUAUAUUCAAUU